GUCAAUUGAAGAUGUUGGUCCUCCGUGUUCUCGUUUGUGGAGCCCUCUACACCAGUGUUACAAGACUGCAGAACAUAUAUGUACAAAGUGAAAAUAUUUCAAAUGGGAAAUAUGCUAAACAGAGUAGUACCCAUCUGAGCUAUGGUGCUAGUCGGGCUUUAAAUAAAGCCUAUAUGUCAUCUGGAUCAGCAACAGACCUUGGCAACCCGUCCUGGUGGGAGGUGGACCUGAGGGGCUACUUCACCAUCAGCAGCAUCACCCUCACAGCACCAACCUUUGGGGGAUGGAAUCUACACAUGAGAAAUGCCGAGGUGGAGGUGAUGGACAAAGACGUCAGCCUCUGCUCUGAUGUCCAGGUGGAGUGGUGUGGGAAUGUGUCUAGCGCUGUCACUGCUGGGCAAGAGUUCACCUUCACCUGCAAUGCCACAUUCCCUGUCCGCUUUGUCCGUGUCACAAGGCCAUCUACCAACAAUGUACACCUCGAUAUCGGACAUGUGGAUGUUCAAGGGGAGGGGGCUAAGAAGCCAUAUCGUUCCUACUACAAACCCUCCAAGAGCAAGAAAGUGUCUCAGCCGUUCCUGACCACGUCAGCCAUGACAGCCGGAAACUGUGGCAUCAUUUGUCACCAAUAUCAUUCAUGCAUCGACUUCAGCUACAGUGCAACGAUACCGGCUAAUGAGAACUGUCUGCUGGCUGACAAAGCGAUGACUUCAUCUGACGACAAUUCGUGGACAACCUACACUAUUUCCUGUAUGUCAUUAUUCAACUAAUAGAUAUCAAGCUUCUCUCACACUUUAUUACACCUGUGUUUGACGUAAAAAAUAUAAAGCUUCACUUGAAGAUUAUUUUUUUGUAAGUGGUCUGAUAUUUUUUCCAAAAAUUGAAAUACUUUUCAUCAAGUUUCAUGUUAGCCGUUGUGUCAUAGGAGUGUGGAUCCCAGAAACGUUUGCGGUAAUUGGAUCAACUCGGCGAUUUGUUGAUUUCGUGUCAUUCUACACUGACGGUUUUGUUGAUCUCAUCAAGUGAGUGAGUGAGUGAGUUGGGUUGAACGCCGCUUUUACAGUAUUCCAGUUAUAUCAUGGCGUGUCAGUCUGAAGUGAUGCAGGUCUCAGACGUUUACCACCUCGU